GAAAAUAUAUUUAUAUCUCCUAUCUUAGCAAGUUUGUAGACAUUUCCGAUAAGGCAAGCCAGAGGAAAGUCUCCGUAAAGAUCUAUUCAAUUGACAGUGAUGGGUCUCCUAAGUCUAGGCAGAUGCACACACCAUGGGGGAAAUGAUUCUAGGCCUAUACUUCGCAAGCCUAGUUUAAUUCAAAAGAUCUAUACAUUAAAUCCCUACGACCAUCUAAAAUAUGAAAAAGCGUCGAGAACAACAUCUACGAGUAGGGAAUAUCACCCUCCAUCCCCUAAGUAAAACUCGAAUAAAAAUAUCUACCUUACCACCUUCCUUUGAAAAAUACCUUAUUAAAGCAAUGCAAGACCCAAACAAAACCCAAACUAUAUUUACUAACACCAGCUCACCGACCCUACCAUUCGGUCCAGCCACAACUCGGAGCAGUCACCGGUGCCUGCGUGCAAUGGUUGCAUGGUUAAUCGGCCCAUCGGUAACUAGGAUCUACCUGGCGCCACCUCGGCCUCCCACCUCUUUGGGUGGCGAGUUAUCGGGCCCGGACAUUUUAUGUGUCAGCGGCAUGGUGAUAUGUCUUGGUAUCUGGGCUUUUAUUACAAAUAUAGGGGCUGUGCAGUAUUUGUGGAGGCCUAUUGUGUUAGAUAGCAGGGGAUUGGGUUGGAUACUUGGAUUAUGAUGUAGAAUUGCCAAAGUCUACGUAGGUAGUUGAGGUUUCGGUGGCCGAUAACCCUAGUUAGAUUGGGGAGAAUGCGGAUGAGGUAAUACAUCGUGUGCGUUUAUUUACUGCAGAGAUUAGGGUGCUGUCUGGGUUAGAAGGGAGUUUUCGGUCU